UCGGAUUUUCACUGAGGUGGAACCUUUUCUGUAACUGUUGAUCUCAUUCAAUUUGUUUUCUUUCGAAGGAAGAAUUUGCCGCCUAUUUUACUGUUUAAAUACCGUGCACUGGUUUGUGUAUUGUUCCACUUCAGACCUUUUGUUAAAACUAGAUAAUAACAUACUGUUGUUUAUAUUAAGUACAGUGAUCUAUAGACUCGGCAACUAAUGAGCUGUGUAUGGAUAUUUUUCGCUAACAGAACCGUUUAUUAGCUGCGUUCUUUCGUUCUUUCAAAUUAGAUCAAUCCAAUUACAGAAAACAGGAAAUGAAAUAAUUUCUGUAAUGUGAUUCAGGAAUAUUUGAAAUCAACAUACACUGGGAUUUAUUUCAAGAUUGGCGUUAAUUUCUGAUCAUGAUUGAAUAUUGAAUGUGUAUACUGACAUCACACCUAGCUAUAUAGCCAUCUGUAUUAGGAUUGCUGCUUCAGACAAAUUACAUGUGUGUUAUCACCAACCAUUUAUCUGUACAGGACGGCCUGCUGCAUCAAGUUUCUGUUAGUCCUCUCGUUUCAUCUGAUGGUUAGAGAAAGUUACAAAUAUUUCGUACCAGUCACAGGGGACUAACAUUGUUCAUGGGAUUUAAUAUUAACGGAGAUUGACCUGAAGCAGUUUAUUCAAGUUGUGCUGACCUUAAGGAGGACAGUGUAAAAAUAAGUGAACGAGUCAAUACUUUAUUUCUAUAACAACGUUUAUAUUGACUAACAGGCCUACUGAUCACCUAAAUGUGAAUCUUGGAAACUCUACUGGAUAUAUUUACUUUGAAGUCAUAUUUUACUGUCUUUAAAGGUCAAAAAAAAAAUAUUUGAUAAAGAGACAUAAUUUUUCAGCCAGUGUUACAAAUUUAGCAUCGUAAAAUAUAUUAUAUAAACAUUGGUAUUAUUUUACACUCUAGUUUUAACUUGUACGUAAUUUCUUUUUAUAUAUUGUGGAGACUUUGUUAAUUAAAUAUAUAUCUACAUUGGUGGCACUUUUCUGGAACCCAGUUUUAAAAUUAACCUCAUACAUGGGAAUAUCGGAGGCAAUCUUGUGAUAUCGACACACUUGACGGAGUCAUGCCUUACAAGAAUUCAGAGAAAAGAAAGGAGAAGUCCCGCGAUGCUGCUCGGUGUCGGCGUGGGAAGGAGACGGAGGUGUUUUCGGAGCUGGCCAAAGAGCUGCCCCUUCCACCGUUUCUCAACCAACUGGACAAAGCAUCAGUGAUGAGAGUGGCUAUUAGCCACCUCAAGAUACGCCAAAUCAUGGACAAAAUGGAUGUUCAAGAUUUGGAAUCCAAGGAGAGCCUUGAGGAUGUUGACAACCUCUACGGGAAGGCUUUAGAUGGCUUUGUAGUCAUUAUUUCAGACAACUGUGACAUAGCCUACGUGUCCGAGAGCGUGGCCAAGUACCUUGGCAUACCCCAGAUUGACAUGAUUGGUCAGAGUCUGUAUGACUUCACCCACCCAUGUGACCACGAUGAGAUUGCAGACAUGAUGUCAGCGAAGUCCCACAAGGGAAUGGAACAGCAAGCUGAAGAACAUAGCAUGUUUGUGAGGAUGAAAUGUACACUUACCAGCAAAGGCAGAAGUGUGAAUCUCAAGUCAGCCUCCUACAAGGUGAUAAAGUUUACUGGGAAGCUGAUAGAGAUCAGGGAGGAGAGAAUGGUACGGAAGGAAGAAGAGGAAGAGGAGGUAGAUGAUUUGGAUGAAGACAUGGACCAGGAGGAGGAGGAGAAGAUGGAGAAGGAGCCACGUCGCACUGGAUAUUUCCUUGGGGUGGGAGAGCCCAUACCACACCCCUCUAACAUAGAGGUACUUCUUGAUUGUAAAACUGUCCUCAGCAGACACAACAUGGACUCAAAGUUCACCUACUGCGACAGCAGGAUGAAGGAAUUGGUUGGAUACAGUAGUGAGGAGUUGAUUGGUAAAUCCAUCUUUUCCUAUCACCACGCCCAGGAUAGCAGUAUCAUUGACAAGGCCUACAAGGACUUGUUUGCUAAAGGCCAGAUGAUGACCGGUCAGUACAGAUUCCUGGUCAAGCAGGGUGGAUUUGUGUGGGUCAUAACGCAAGCCACUGUCAUCUACAACAGUCGCACUCAAAAGCCCCAGUGUAUUGUGUGCGUCCACUACCUCACAAGUGGAGUAGAACAGGAUAACGUGGUUCUGUCGGAUGUCCAGAAGGCUGAAGUCAAGACAGAGAGGAAGAAGGAUGUGAAGGAGGUUAUCCAGUGGAGCUUUGGACCAAGCACAAAGGACGUAUUCGUCAGUAAGACCCCUGAAGAUGAGAAGGCAGACUUCUACUUCUGCGAAGAUGUUCCGAAAUCUUGCAGCAAGCAAAUGGACCUACAACAUCUGGCUCCAAUAGCUGGCGAUGCUUGCGUUCCCUUGGAUACAACUUUCUUCAAUGGACCAGCUAAGCAGGAGCAAGGAAAUAAUGACCCGCACGUGAUUGUCCUGAAAGAGGAGCCAAGAAUGCCGUUGUGCAGCGGACACGACCCAAAGAUGAUCAGUCCGACCAGCACAGCUUGUUCCACCCCAUUAAGUGCAUCUCCCAUGCACAGCCCAGCUCCUCCGAUCACAGACGACUUCCUGAUCACGAUAAACCCGGCCGAUAUUGUUGCUAUGGACCAAUUCUUCACCACCAUGGACAUGACACAGAUGCAGAUGUCGGAUAGUUGCCUAGCAGGGGAGGAAAUAGACAUGGACACCAGAGCCCCCUACAUCCCGAUGGACUCGAGUGAUGACUUCAGCCUGCUGCCCCCCGCACCAGAUGAGCUGUUUAAUCUCGGCGGAGACUUUAAUCCCGGACUGUUUGGCCGCACUGAAUCAGUUUUCACCUCGAAAGAUAAGCUGUUCCCAGAGGAACCACCACAAAAGCGACGUCCAAGUCUGUGGGACAUGUUAGAAGGGAGUACGACUGUUGCCACACUCAAACGGCCUGUCGACAACGGCAUCAUGCAGAUGAAACGGCCACUGGAUAAAACCAAUCAAGAGAAGGGUCCACCAAUCGCCAAAAAGUCUCGCCCUGAUAUAGGGCAUAAAUCACUGAGUCGAGGCCCAUUGGGCAGUGACAGUGUUCUCAUGAACUUACUUUUAACCGGCGAAGACCACUCUUACGGAUAUAAGGUUUUUAAUGCACGAAAUGAAAAGACAGCAAAUACAUCAUCAAACAUUAAACAGUUACCCCCAAAUGCUUCGAAGUGGGGCCUCACAAAAAGUGUGUUUCUACCUAAGAUAACACAACACGACUGUGAGGUCAAUGCACCGUCCUUCCCUUGUGACGGUCUGCUUCAAGGCGACGCUAUAAUACAGGCCUUGGAAAGAGAUGCUUAUCCCCAGCAAAUUAUUUGAAACUGACCAACAAAUUAAGAGCACAUAUUUAUUUUUUUUGCACACAUUUUUUCAUAAGAGCUCUUUAAUGGUGAAUAGCCUACAGCUUUUGAAUGGUAUUAUGUUUUUUUCUCAAUCUUCUUUUGUUUACCAUGGAUACUUGACUGACUGCUAUGACUAGAUAUAGAGUAGCUAGAUGAGGGUUUCACUGAAUACAGGAGCUUGAUUUGAGAUGAGGAUUUCACUGAAUACAGGAGCUUGAUUUGAGAUGAGGAUUUCACUGAAUACAGGAGCUUGAUUUGAGACGAGGGUUUCACUGAAAACAGGAGCUUGAUUUGAGACGAGAGUUUCACUGAAUACAGGAGCUUGAUUUGAGAUGAGGAUUUUUACAGUCGACCUGCAUUUUGUUCUAUCAUUGCCUGAUUUUGUUUUUUUGUGUAUUUGAUAUUGACAUGAUUACUGUUUUUAUUUGACAUUGUAUUCUGUACUGUUGGCCACUGUAUCAGUGGUAGUGUUGUAACUGACUAUACUAUUGUCAUGUGUACACUUCUGAUGGAAUUCUGUCGGCCAAGUAUCCCAAUUUUUCAUGUGUACACUUCUGAUGGAAUUCUGUCAGCCAAGUAUCCCCAUUAUCAGACAGUGCCUUUGAACUUUCAUUAGGAUUCUUAAAUGGUUUAUUUGUUCUUAAACCAGCAUCACAUACUAUUUUGUAUAGACUAUUUUACUCUCAUUUUAUAUAAUGGUUAUAGGGCGAUUUUUAUAUGAUCAUCUUUGUAUGUGGAUUGAGCUGAUAUUAUUGAAAAACAAGCAAACAAAAAUGAGAGAGAAAAAAGAAGAAAUUUACCACACAAAAAAAGAAAGAAAAAAAAGCAACCUAAAGUUGAACACUUUCAAUUGGUAUCUGUGUACAACGGACCCUUGCUAGUAUGGACAUUUCCUGCUUCUGUAAGAACGGCUAGCAUAAAGAAUUUUCUUGAUUAAUGAGAAGUCAUUUGACAUUAGACGAUAAAUUAGUAUUUAAUUUAGUUUCUCUUUUUUAGAGUUGACAGGUUUGAGAUUACAAUAUGUAUUUUAUUGUCAUUACAUUAUGUAUAUAUCAUUUAUUGGUUUUUUUUUCAUAAAUAUAUUUAUGUACUGAAUAUAUGUCUAGUAUCUGAAACAUACUACAGUAAUAGAAAAAAAAGGGGAAAAAAAGCAUACAACGUAUAUACAUGAGAUUGUAUAAAAAUAUAUUGCUGAAGUUUUGAGCAAGUUCAUUUAUAGCUUACAAUGGUACCAUUGUAUUUUUUUUCACAACCUUUAACGUUUUAGUUAAUAUUUUACAAAAUUCUGAACUGAUAAAACAUAUAAUCUGCACUUAAUUUAAGCGUUCAUCAGGAUGUUUUAACUUUUCUUUUGGAUAUGAAAAUCAAAAACAAACUGAUUCGUUGUGUUGCUUAAAAUAAUCAUGACCAGAAAUUUCCCAAAUGAAACUUUAUUGUGCGGUCAUUUUGUAAGGCAACACAUAUUUCGAGGGGUGCACAUUUUCGUGAAGGUAAGGAAGGAGAUGCCUUGCCCAGUGGGGUUUUAAAUACAUGUAGCUGGUAUGAAAACAAAGAAAAAGUAAUUUCACAAAUUUGAGGUUGAUUUUACAGUAUUAGUCUAAAAAAUGUCUUGUUAUUGAAAUUUGAAAAAAAAAAUGUGUAGAAAUAAAAUAUAAUAAAAUAAAACCAUAAAAAGCAUGUAAAAAAAUCGUUAUUUGAUCACCCGGUGAAUAUCUGCUGUGUCAAUCCACACUUUAAACCCUGCCUUCCCCACCCCACCAACCCAUCUUUGGGUACAUGAAUUAGAUUAAAAUAUAUAUUCUGUAAUUUUUUUAGAUCAGUUAAAAAUUUUAAUCGGUUAAAAUUACAAAUUGCAAAAACAAAGUGACCACAUUUCACUUCUGUUCAAGACUUUGCUUCAGUUUUCAUCUGAGUACAGGAAUUUUUUAUCAUCACCACCAUCAUCACCACCAUCAUCAUCAUCCGACAUUAGUUUAGAGAGAAGAAAUAAUUAUGUUCUGUUUUCUGUUUCUUUGUCAAAGGUACAGCGCAGAUUGUAUUACAUAAGAUAAAUAUGUAUACCGUUUAAAUAGACUGUAUUAUUGUAAUAAUGUACAACAUUGCAACUUUGAAUAUUUACUUGUAGUUUUCAUACUUAAGGUUUUGGCCAUGUUAUAUUGAGACACAAGGAAAUUUUUUUUUUUGUAAAUAUACAAAUUUAAGAUUCAUAUAAACGAGAUAGAUUUUUUAUGGUAUUUACUUGUGCGUUUUUUCAAAACAGUCCUUUUUCUCACUACAAUGACUUUGCUGUAUUAACAAAAUAAUGAUGGAAUCAUGAUUUUUAUCCCACUAUAUGGACAGUGUUUAGGCACGUUUGUGUAUAUGAUGUAUCAGUGAGUUGAACUCCUGGCAGACCGAUAAGCUUGUUAUUGUCGUUGUUAGAGUAGUGAAAAUAAAAAUAGAACUAACA